AAACAGUCGGCCAUAUUUUUGGGCCCUUUCUGCUCUUAUCACUCUUGUAAAUAUUUAUAUUUUUAAAAAAUGGCUUUUACAGAAGCUCUGAAGCCGAAAGCCGGUUCGAAACACCUUUCAACUAUCAUCAAUGCUGAAGGAAAAGCUGUUUUGGCUGAAAGUCGCGAAGAUGAAAUUCAAAAAAUCAAAUACCAGGAGAUAAUAAAACUGCUCAUCGGUGCCGGUUAUUUCCGUGCAAAAAUUAAAGGGCUGAGUGAGUUUGACAAAGUUGUCGGAGGGAUGACCUGGUGCAUUGAUGUAUGUACGAUAGACUUGGACGUUGAUCUCCUCUUCCAGGAGAAUUCAACCAUCGGUCAAAAAAUCGCUUUAACCGAGAAAAUAGUAGCUGUUUUACCAAAAAUGAAAUGCCCUUAUACAAUAGAACCUCAUCAGAUCCAGGGUUUAGACUUUAUACACAUCCAUCCUGUUAUAGAAUGGUUGGUGAAAAAAUCACUGGAAAACAGGGAAGAAAGAGGCGACUAUAUUAGACAGUACGCAGUUCAUCAAUUCAACAUGCAGUACUGUUUCCCGAAUGAAAGGCCAAAUGAAAAUUUCAUUUUGAGAGCGUUACCAAACAUAUUUACUGUUCAGAAUAAAUAUCGACCACAUAGGAAAUUCAGGAGGGUUGAAAAUCAGCCAACUGACACGUUUUCACGAAUCCAGAGCACAUUAUUCGAAUACGGCCAUACUCCGAUACAAGAAAAUCAAAGUGAGGGUGAGGAAAACCAGGCUGAUAGAGAAUUGGAAAAGAUCGACGAGGCUAAGUUACAACAGCUUACCAAGAGCAUGAAAGCCACAAGUAGUGAUGCGCCUAUUGCUCCAAAAACAAUUUCCUCCAUAAUAAACAUGAAGGCUUCUGAGAUCAAAGAUGCCGCAGCGAUGUAUUCUAAUCUUGUGACAGAAUCCGAGCUGGAUGAAAAGAACGAAUUGGCCAAACUUAAAAACAAAGAAAAAGCACUUUUGGAACAGGUCUCAGCUUUAAAUAUGCAACUGAAAACGGCUAAUAACAAACUGAAAGUGCUAAAAGAAAAAACAAACUUUAGAGAGCAAACUGACAACCAACUGACUGAAGAAGAGAAACGAAUUGUUAAAGAAUUGGAGAUUCGUAUCCUGCUCAAUAAUUCAUUGUUAGAGCAGGAAAAUCAGUUUAAAGAAUACUGUAAAUCGGAUAGGCAGAGACUGCAAGAACUUAUCAGAGGUAUAGAAGAGGAUAACAGCGUCGAUAACGAGACAGGCGCAAGUCUGUCCCAAUUGAACAGGCAAGUAGCAGAAGCUAGAAUUUCAUUGGCAAAAAUAUCUCGUUCUGAAGCCGGACUACAUCGUUUAAUCGAUGAAGUUCCUUCUAGAGCUGAGCUGACUCAGUAUCAAGGGAGAUUUUUAGAAUUGUACAAUCAAGUUUCAGCGAAACAUAGAGAGACUAAACAGUUUUACACAUUGUACAAUGCGAUGCGAGACGAACAUGAGUAUUUGACAAAAGAACUUUCCCUGCUGAAAUCGAUCGCAAAUGGUUUUGUUUCUUCUGUCAACUCCAUCCAUGUCAAAGAAGAAUUUAUCAAACAAUUUGAGGCUAUAGUAGAUGGUGUAAAACACAAUAAACUGAAGGUCGAACAAAAGAGAAACGAAGAAAGAGAUAUGCGAGAUAAACUAAGGUUACAUUUGUCCGGCCUUGUGGAUCAACAUCGCCUAUAUGUAUCCCUGUUGAAACAGUUCACACUCGAAUGUGAAGAAAAUCAAAAGUUAAUAGCUCAAGUCAAAGUCCAGUCUUGAGUACUCUUAACUAAAGUAUUUACAGCCUUGGCAUUUUUUUCUCAUUCAAAUCGAAUAUGUAGAAAUAAAAUGUGAGUUAUGUUUUUAUUAUAAAGUGAAUUAUGAUCUGAGAGAAAUAAUAACGGACAAAAGUUAUUAUUCUUA